AUGGCACAAAUGGGACUGGCAUCGAUGGGGACACGUCUGAAUCGCACCCCUGCUGAGAUGGAGAAGGGAGAUAAUGUUCUUUUUGAAGAGGCCAACGGAAGCGACCGGUCUACUGAUGGCGAGUUUACCUGGACGCCCGAGGAAGAGAAGAAGGUCCGACGCAAACUGGAUCGAGUGAUCGUGCCGCUCACUACCUUUCUAUAUCUGCUAUGCUUUCUUGAUCGUGUAAACGUUGGAAAUGCACGCAUUCAGGGUAUGGCCGAGGACUUGAACCUCGUGGGUGUCCGCUUCAACUGGGUGACUUCGAUAUUCUACAUUGUUUACAUGUUUGUCGAAGUACCCAGCAACAUUCUUCUGAAGAAACUCGGCCCAAAGUACUAUUUGCCGCUUCUUGUGUGCGGAUUUGGCUUGGUAUCACUCUGCAGCGCUUUUGUGCAUAACUUUGGAGGAUUGCUAGUUGCAAGAGCUUUUCUAGGGGUCUUUGAAGGCGGUGUAAUGCCUGGACUUGCAUUCUUCAUCACAUGCUUUUACAAGCGCAACGAGCUCCUGUUCCGCAUCGGUAUUUACGUUUCUGCAGCCUCCAUGGCUGGAGCUUUUGGUGGACUACUCGCCACUGUUCUUGCUCGCAUUCCGCCAUGGGGAGCUUCGGGCAUGAUCAUCCAUACCUGGCGUAAUAUCUUUUUCUUCGAAGGACUUUUUACCGUACUCGUCGGCCUUGGAGCGCCCUUCCUCAUGCCUCGCAGCCCACAAGAAUGCUGGUUCUUAAACGAGCGCGAGCGGAUGAUCGCUACCCAGCGACUUGUGCUAAAGAGUGGAGCCGAUGAAAAUGAGAAGACGGAAGUCCACCAUGUGAAGAGGGCUGUGAUGAACAUCACAAACUACUUCUGCGCCUUUGGCUUCUUCUUUAUCAACAUCACCGUGCAGGGUAUCUCUCUAUUCAUGCCCACUAUUCUCAGGGAUCUUGGUUGGACGGCCACGAAGUCUCAACUUUAUUCAGUACCUCCCUAUGUAUGCGCGUGCCUGAUUGCCAUUGCAGUGGCCUUCGUCUCGGACAAGACCAACCGCCGUGGUAUCUACCUCGCCAUUUUUACGCUCCCAGCUAUUGCGGGCUUCUCUAUUAUGCGAUGGGCUACCGACCCGAACGUCAGAUACGGUGGUAUUUUCCUUAUCACUAUUGGCGCGUUUCCAGGUGGUCCUGGUUUCCUCGCGUGGGCGGCAAACAAUGCAGCAGGUCCUGCUGUCCGCUCAGUCUCGACUGCUUACGUGGUCACGCUUGGUACCGCUGGAGGUAUUCUUGCGACCUGGACGUAUACCAGUCAGGAUGCACCAAGGUAUCCGACAGGUCAUACUAUCAACUUGGCUGGUCAGAUCUGCGUGUGCCUUCUCGCCACUUUCGGAAUCUUUUAUUGCAAGUGGGAGAACAAGCAACGCGACCUGGGCAAGCGAGACCACCGUCUGGUUGGCAAAACCGCUGCUCAGAUCAAGGACCUCGGAUACAGACACCCUGAAUCCGCUUCUCCAUGGGCAAUUGAAAACCCACCCGCCGCCCCGUCCAUUCCCUUUUCUUCGUUCCUCGUUCUCACGAUGACAACUACCGUUGUGCUCGGGGCCCAAUGGGGCGACGAAGGCAAGGGCAAGCUCGCCGACAUACUCGCUCACGAAUCGCAAAUCUGCUGCCGCGCCCAAGGCGGUAACAACGCCGGACACACCAUCGUCGCGAACGGCGUGACGUACGAUUUCCAUAUCCUCCCCAGUGGUCUUGUAAACCCCGGCUGCAUCAACGUCAUCGGAAGUGGCUGCGUCGUCCACGUGCCGAGCUUCUUCAAGGAAUUGGAGGCGCUGGAGAAACAUGGCUUGAACACUGAAGGAAGGAUAUUCAUCUCGGACAGAGCACAUGUCGUCUUCGACGUCCACCAGAAGGUGGAUGGUCUGGAAGAAGUGGAACUGGGUGGUGGCAUGAUUGGCACAACCAAGAAGGGUAUUGGCCCAACCUACAGCACCAAGAUGACCAGGAGCGGUCUCCGCAUGUGCGAUCUGUUCGACGAGCAGAUCUUCGAGACGAAGCUCAGGAGGUUAGCCUCGGGAUUCCAGAAGCGAUACGGUGAUCUGCUCAAGUACGACGUGGAUGCGGAGAUUGCGCAGUACAAGACUCUGCGCGAGAAGCUUGCUCCCUAUGUCGUCGACCAGAUCCCACUCCUCGCAUCGGCCAAGGAGAAGAACGCUAAGAUUCUAGUAGAAGGUGCGAACGCGCUGAUGCUAGACAUUGACUACGGAACAUACCCCUUCGUCACAUCAUCGAACACAGGUAUUGGAGGUGUCAUCACAGGUCUCAACUUGGGCUGGCGGUCACUGAAGGAGGUCAUCGGUGUAGUGAAGGCCUACACCACACGUGUCGGAUCCGGACCCUUCCCUACUGAGCAGCUGAACGAGCUGGGCGAGAAGCUCCAAUCGGUAGGCCACGAAGUUGGCGUCACAACCGGUCGCAAGCGCCGCUGCGGCUGGCUCGACCUUGUUGUCGUCAAGCACUCGCACGCCUGCAACGACUACACCGCCAUCAACCUCACCAAGCUCGACGUCCUCGACGAUUUUGACGAACUCAAAGUUGCGACAUCCUACUCGUACAACGGUGAAGUGCUCGAAGGUUUCCCUGCGAACAUCGAGAUACUUGGCCAAGUUGAAGUACAGUACGACACGCUGCCUGGCUGGAAAAAGCCUACAACUGGUGUAACGAGCUACUACGACCUGCCCGUCCAGGCGAGGAACUACAUCGAGUACAUUGAGAAGUUUGUCGGAGUGAAGGUCAAGUGGAUUGGCGUUGGCCCUGCACGAGACCAUAUGAUCAGUCGAUCAUAG